AUGCUGGACCAGAUGCGGAAAAUGAAGAACAAGAAAGCGCCGGGGAUGGACGGUGUCUGCACCGAACAUCUGCGCCACCUGGGUCCACUCGCCCAGGAGGUGAUGCUACGCCUGUUCAACCUGUCAUGGCGCUCCGCUGAAGUCCCGUCCGUCUGGAGAAGGGCGGUCAUCAUACCGAUUCCCAAGGCCGGGAAAGACCCACAGGACGUCACAAGCUACCGGCCCAUCUCGCUGACCAGCCACAUCGCGAAGCUGAUGGAGCGGAUGGUGUCGGCGAGGGUGACGCACCUGCUGGACCGCGACAACGUCAUCCCGGCCGAGCAAGUGGGCUUCAGGCGCGGUCGAUCGGCGGAGGAGAACCUGGGACGCCUCAUCCAGGAAGUCCAGGAUGGAUGGAACCUGCCAGCCCCGAAGGGACGUCCAUCCGACGGCAAGACAGCCGCCAGGUUCGUACUCACCGCCUACGACUUCUCCAGAGCCUACGAUGUGAUUGACCACCAGAUGCUGCGUCUGAAGAUGCUGCACCGACUCCCACGGUGUUACGCAACGUGGAUCUUCCACUUCCUGCGAGACCGACGAGCAUGCGCGGAGGUCAAUGGCGUCCGCAGCAGCAGCCGUCCCUUCCGAGCGGGCCUCCCCCAGGGCUCCGUGCUCGCCCCGACCCUGUUCACCCUGUGGUCGGCGGACUUGGUGGAGGAGCUCCGGAAGGUUGACGGCACAUCGAUCUACAUGUACGCCGACGACACCGCCACCCUCAGCUCCGGAGCGACCAUUGCGCAAGCGAUGGUACGCGCUCAGAGAGCUGCAGACGUGAUGGCGGCCUGGGCGCGGAAGUGGAAGAUGCGGCUGGCGGGCAGCAAGACGCAGGUCCUGGUACUGUCCCAACGGCACGAAGAUGCCCGCGACAUCGUGCUGAGGGUGGACGGCACGGCAGUCAAGGGCACCCGACACCUCCAUCUGCUCGGCGUGACCUUUGACAGAUUGCUCCACUUCGGGGAGCACUGCUCUCGUCUCCGCCGCAAGGUGAAGCCGCGUGUGGCCCAGCUGAGGAAGCUGACGGCGCGCUCGUGGGGCCUGCAAGAGCCGCAGCUGCGAACCGUCGCCAACGGUUACGUCCGUGGUGCACUCGAGUACGCGGCGGCGGCAUGGCUCCCGGCGGCGUCGGAGUCGCACGUGGAGCUGCUUGAGAGGGAGAUGCGUGCCACAGCGCGCGUCGUGACCGGCUGCCCGAUCAGCACGCCGAGAGACCCGCUGAUGGCGGAGGCCGGCAUGGUCCCGGUCCGGGCGCGCAGGGAGGCGUUGGCCGUCAGGCUGACCGCCACUGCGGCGUCGCAGAGGACCGAUGACCCUCUCCGUGAGGUAGCAGCGAGGAUAGCCCCCCGACGACUGCGGACCACCACCGGCUGGCGUGAUGUGGGACGGGAGGCCCUCACCCGGCUUGGUCUUCAGGAGACACCCGUGGAGGAGCGACUACACAUCACCCUCCCUCCAUGGUCGGACUGUUCGGGGGUGGCGAUCCGGCUGGACGUCGGCGCGGCUAUUAGCAGGGAGGCGCGCGACGAGGUCCGCCGGGCGGCGGCCGAAGAACACCUCGCGACCCUGCCAGACCAGGCGACCUGGAUCUGGAGCGACGGCUCGGCAGAGGGCGGUGUCGCGUCCGGGGGCAGUGGUGCCCUGAUCACCCUGCCCUCUGGAGAAGAGAGGACGACCCGGACGCCGGCCGGCGCCGUCUGCAGUAGCACCCGCGCCGAGCUGGUGGCGAUGCGUGCCGCUCUGGAGGAGGUGCAGCAGCUGGAGGACGCAACGUCUGCGACCCCGCUGGUGCUCUGCACCGACUCCCAGGCUGCGCUCGCCACGCUCGCGACGGGCGCCGGAGAACAGCGGACGACGCUGGGAGCCGAGAUAUGGCGCCUGCUCCUGGCGGCCCCGGACAGACCGACAUGGCUGCAGUGGGUCCCGGCCCACUGUGGCCUCCCAGGCAACGAACGGGCGGACGAGCUGGCCAAGGAGGCCUCCAGCUUACCACAGGCAGCCGCGCCUGUGGACGUCCGCAGCCUCACUAAGGCAGUCGGCCGCGCCGCCUCCAAGGCCUGGCGAGAUCGCUGGCCCGACAGCUUCUUCAGGCGGAUUAUGAGAGACAGGUUCCCGACACCUGUCCUCAACGAGACGAGGGAAGACGCGGUGAAUGUGCACCAGCUUCGAGCGGGCCACUGGGGGCUCUCGACGAGCUACCUGCACAGGAUCGGCCGUCGCCCAACACCGACCUGCCAGCAGUGCGAGGACCUGAAGUGCCCGGCGGCACUGUGUCUGGUCUGCCGAGAGGAGGCCGACACGCCGGAGCACGUGCUGCUGCGCUGCCCCUGCCUGGCGGGCAAGCGACUACGCCUGUUCGGGACCAUACACCCCGAUGCGACUCGGCUGCGGGACGGCGGGGCCGUGGCGGCGCUGGCCCGCGGCUUCCUCCGCCACCGAGAGCCUGCGGGCUACGGCCGGCCGUAGGCCGGCCCGCGGGGAAACAACAACAACAACAACAA